CAAACAUAUAAAAGAUAAAAAUUUAAAUUAAAAAAUGACUGCUGUGGGUAUAGAUUUGGGAACAACAUAUUCCUGUGUAGGCGCUUGGCAACAUGGUAAUGUAGACAUAAUAGCAAACGAUCAAGGAAACAGAACUACUCCUUCCUAUGUUGCGUUCACUGACACGGAACGACUGAUUGGAGAUGCAGCGAAAAAUCAGGUAGCUAUGAACCCAGAUAAUACUAUUUUCGAUGCCAAACGAUUGAUUGGGCGAAAGUAUGACGAUCCUACUGUGCAGCAAGAUAUAAAACAUUGGCCCUUUAAAGUCAUCAAUGAUAACGGGAAACCCAAGAUUCAAGUAUCAUUUAAAGGAAAAGCUAAAGUAUUCACCCCUGAGGAAAUCAGUAGCAUGGUGCUACUAAAAAUGAAAGAAACAGCUGAAUCGUAUUUAGGCAACAAAGUAACUAAUGCCGUUAUUACAGUACCUGCUUACUUCAAUGACUCUCAAAGACAGGCUACUAAAGACGCAGGAGCUAUCGCUGGCCUAAACGUACUUAGAAUAAUAAAUGAACCUACCGCUGCAGCUUUGGCUUACGGUCUAGACAAGAAUUUAAAAGGCGAACGCAAAGUGUUAAUCUUUGAUUUAGGAGGUGGAACUUUUGAUGUAUCCAUCCUUACAAUUGAUGAAGGUUCCCUUUUUGAAGUAAAGGCUACAGCUGGAGACACUCAUCUAGGCGGUGAAGAUUUUGACAACAGGCUCGUUAACUUUCUUGCUGACGAAUUUAAAAGAAAGUAUAAAAAAGAUAUCAAAUCUAACCCAAGAGCGCUUCGUCGCUUGCGUACUGCUGCCGAACGAGCGAAAAGAACACUUUCUUCUAGUACGGAAGCAAACAUAGAAAUAGACGCUCUGUACGAGGGCAUAGACUUCUUUUCACGAAUUUCACGAGCAAGAUUCGAAGAACUAAAUGCUGAUUUAUUUCGCAUCACACUAGAACCCGUGGAGAAAGCUUUAAACGAUGCCAAAAUGGACAAAAGCUCCAUUAAUGAUAUUGUUUUGGUUGGCGGCUCGACUCGCAUACCUAAGAUUCAGAAUUUACUACAAAACUUCUUCAAUGGUAAAAAACUGAACUUAUCUAUUAACCCGGACGAAGCUGUGGCUUACGGCGCAGCAGUUCAAGCUGCGAUACUUAGUGGCGAGCGUCAUUCCAAGAUUCAGGACGUGCUUUUAGUCGACGUCACCCCCUUAUCCCUGGGUAUUGAAACAGCCGGUGGUGUUAUGGCAAAGAUAGUCGAGCGCAACGCUAAGAUUCCAUGCACACACUCUCAGACCUUUACCACCUAUUCAGACAAUCAACCCGCUGUCAACAUUCAAGUGUAUGAAGGCGAAAGAGCAAUGACCAAAAAUAAUAGUCUUCUAGGAACAUUCGAUCUAACUGGAAUACCUCCUGCACCUCGCGGUGUGCCGCAAAUAGAUGUUACAUUCGACAUUGAUGCAAAUGGAAUCCUUAACGUUUCCGCUAAAGAAAAUAGCACUGGCAAGAGUAAAAAUAUAGUCAUAAAGAAUGACAAAGGAAGACUCUCUAAAGCUGAAAUACAGCGUAUGCUUGAAGAUGCUGAGAUGUACAAAGAUGAGGAUAAUAAACAAAAAGAGCGGAUUGCUGCUCGACAUCAACUAGAAACUUAUGUAUUCGAUGUUAAACAAGCUAUAGAUGUAGCCGGUAGCAAACUCAAUAGUUCUGAAAGCUCCCGAGCGACGGAAAAGUGUGAGGAAGUUUUACGAUGGUUAGAUAGCAACACUUUAGCAGAAAAAGAGGAGUACGAAGAGAAACUGAAGCAAGUAAAGAAACUCUGUGCUCCGAUUAUGAUGAAACUGCACGGCGCAGGAAGUGGAAAGCAGAGGAAUUCCGAUGGUCCAGUUAUUGAAGAAGUAGAUUGA